AUGAAAAAAGAAAUAAAUGAAUUAUCAUGUAAUAAAAACAAGGACUAUCCGACCUUGGACUUUUCCUUCUUGAUGAGAGACCCCUUGAAAAGAAAUAAUAAUUCAGUGCUGUGCUACAUUCAAAGAAACAUUGGCCAGACCUUGGAUUCUUCUUUCUUGGCCUCACUCUUUUCUUCCUCAGCUGUUGGACCCGUAGACUCCUCUUCAUCCAGCAAGGAAUUUUCUUUUGCCUCCAGUUCUGAAUUGCAAAUGGCAGAAUCCCAAUUACGGGUUAUGACGUCCACCAUUUCACGGAAUUUUUCAACAUUCGUGAACAGCAGCGGAGCAUCGAAACGUACAACGCACACAUUCCUCCACAAAAUUAACUUGUUGGUAUCGUUCCACGUCUCUGUACUCGCCAGUACCGGGAAUAUUCACAAGGAUAUGCCAUCGUGGCUUCUGUUGUCGGAUAAGGGUUGUGAACAGAGCGAAUAAAAUACCAAUAACUAGUCCUUCUACUACAUCUAUGCAAGCUGUUGCCAAGAAUGCUACCACCCAAAUAGACCAGUCAAUUUUAGAAAUUGACCAUAUCUUCGGUAGUUGUUUGAACUUCGAAAACAUAUCCGUAAGUGCCACGAUUAUAAUGGAGGCAAGUAUACACAUAGGGAGUGGUCCAAGAAAUGUGCCACCAAACUGUAGAACAACGAAAAUGAAGAUCGAAGAAAAAACAGCAAACAGCUGAGUUCUUGUUCCGGCGGAAGCGUUGACCAUAGUUCUAGCCAAUGA